AGAUUCAGACUUCUUGUUUCUAACAUGCCAGAAGGUGCUGAGUGGCAAGAUCUGAAAGAUUUUGCUCUCCAAAAGGGAUUCGAAGUUACCUACGCCAACGUUUUCCAAAGAGAGAACAACGGUACCGGUGUUUUGGACCUUGCUACUGAAGAGGAGUUGAACAAGGCACUUGAGGAGUUGAACGGUCUCGAUUUCAAAGGUAACCCAAUUGUUCUUGAGAAGGAUCCAAACCCUCCACCAUUGAGA